AUGGCUUCUCCUCUAAGACGCACUUUUAUAAGUCACAUAAAAAAAAGGAAUACAUUUGCAACAUUUUUUAAGCAACAAAGUACAGAUACUAGGAUACUCCAAUCUGUAUAUAAGGAUGUUGAGGAUUCAAAUUUAUCAGUCACAGAAUUUGUUUGGCAAAACCUCGAUAGAUGGCCAGAUAAGACUUUAACAGUUUGUGCCACAACAGGUCAUGGCUAUACCUAUGCACAGACCCACCGUAUGUCAAUAAACUUUGCUGCAUCACUGAGAACAAAAUUGAAGUUAAGAAAUGAUGAUGUAGUGGCAAUUAUACUUCCAAAUUUACCAGAAUAUCCAUGUAUAGCUUUAGGUAUAUUAGAAGCUGGAUGUAUAACCAGCAUGAUGAACCCUAUGUAUAGUGCAGAAGAUCUGAAACGUCAAUUAGAGAUGGUAAAUUGCAAAGCGAUAGUGUCAUCUAAGACUUCAUACCCCAAUAUAACCGAAGCAUUGAACUCCAUGAAGAGAAAACUUCCAGUUAUCUUAACUGAUAACGAUGCCCUACCAGAAGAAACGAUAAGUUUCGCUGAAUUCGCUAAUGACUUGCAUGUGGAUAUAGAUUGCUUGAAAGCAGUUAAACGCAGCGCUAAAGAUGUAGCAAUCAUGCCAUUUUCAAGUGGAACUUCAGGUUUUCCAAAAGCAGUGGUCUGCACUCAUAAAUCAGUGGUGGCUUUCAACAAUGCUGUUCUUGAUCCCAAUGUCAUAGCGAUUGAGGAGGCUACAGCAAAUUAUCAGUCAGUGAUUCCGGGAGUUUUGCCAUUUUUCCACAUAUAUGGCUUCAACGUGCUGAUGUUGAACUUGAUGUGUGUUGGCGUGAAAGUAGUCACAUUGAGUAACUUUAAGCCAGAAGUGUUCUUGGAAACAUUAGUACGGCAUCGCGCUCAACAUUUGUAUGCUGUACCACCUAUGAUAAUGUUUUUGGCAAAACAUCCCGCCGUCACUCCUGCGCAUCUGCAGUCGCUGAAAACCGUCGUCUGCGGUGCUGCCUCAAUAUCCAGUAAUGACGCUGAAGCUUUACUCGAAAAGAAUAGAAGAAUUAAGUUCCGUCAAGGCUACGGCAUGACGGAGACUAAUGGUGGUAUUGCUGUGGGACGGAAGGAUGACAGCAAUCAUGAUGCUGUAGGGCACCUUCUCGGAAGUUGCGAAGCGAAGAUCGUCGAUCUGGAAACGCAAGAGGCACUUGGUCCAGGCCAGGAGGGAGAACUUUGGACGCGUGGACCCUUAAUGAUGAGUGGUUAUUACGAGAAUGAUGACGCUAACAGGGAAGUGUUCACAGAAGAUGGCUGGUUUAAAACUGGGGACAUCGGAAAAUAUGACGAUAACAAGUACUUGUAUAUCACUGAUCGACUAAAGGAACUUAUUAAGGUAAAAGGUUUCCAAGUACCACCGGCGGAAUUAGAAACGAUGCUCCGUAAACAUCCCAGGGUAUUGGACUGUGCCGUCAUUGGAAUCAAAGACCCAAUCACAGGUGAGGCCCCUAAAGCAUUCGUAGUUGCGCAACCAUCUCUGAGCGUGGACCCUAAGGAGCUUCUGGACUUCGUCAACAAACAAGUUGUGUCUUUUAAGAGGAUCAAAGAAGUACAAUUCGUGGAUGCGAUCCCCAAAAACCCAUCUGGAAAGAUACUACGACGAACGUUAAAAGAGAAAUAUUGUUAG